UGUUAAACAGCAGAAGAAGAACCCGGUACAGCGGCUAUAAAAGCGGAAAACUUCUUCGCUUCCUUCUCAUUCGAUUCACAUCUCCACCGCGAGGUAUCGUUCAUCUUAGUUUGUAAGCAGACAAAAGAUAUACCCAAAAUGUCGGACGAGGGCAAAUUGUUCAUCGGAGGACUGAGCUUCGAGACUAACGAAGAGUCUCUUGCCGCCGCCUUCGGCAAAUACGGAACCAUCGAGAAAGUGGACGUGAUUAGAGACAAAGAGACUGGAAGAUCUCGUGGUUUUGGUUUUGUGAAAUACGACAACGUUGAAGAUGCUAAAGAUGCAUUGGAUGCCAUGAACGGAAAGACCCUGGAUGGACGGGCCAUUAGAGUGGAUGAAGCAGGAAAGGGUGGACGUUCCAGAGGAGGAUUUGGUUCAGGCCCCAGAGGAGGCAGAUUCAGCGGAUCACGUGGAAGGGGUGGGCGUGGUUUCUCUAGAGGUGGAUACAACAGUGACCGGGGCUAUGGCGACAGAAGUUAUGGUGACAGAGGCUUCGGCGGUGGUGACAGGAGCUUUGGCGGUAGUGGUGGAUACAGAAGUGGUGGAUAUUCCUCUGGUGGCUACAGGGAAAACAGGGGCCAGGGUGGAUAUGGCGAUCGCUCUGGAUCAUACCGCGAUGGAUAUGACAGCUAUGCUACACACGAGUAAACAUCUCCCUGAUUCAAGAUCAUCACUUGGCUGGCUGUAUUUCAAAGAUGCUCACCUCAAGAAAAAUGUCCUCGUGUUAUUGUUGACCUUAGUUUUUGUAAAUCUUCUGUAGUAGCUUGGCAUCUAAAAUGUAGCCAUGAGUAUUGGUCAUUAACCAUGUUACAACUAAAAUUAGAGAUUCUAGCCUUGCUUUAAUUGGGCAUCUCAUCUAAGGCUUCUGUGUAAUCUGACUACUGUAAAAUCCCAAUCUGGGGAUCAUGCAGCUUCACAUGGCUUUUCGUUAUCAGCCAAUACCAUCGCUGUAGACAUUUGUCCAGCACUUUAAGUGUUUCCUGAUUUUUGAAUUCUAGCUUUUUUUUUUUUUUUUUCUUUUUGUUUUGGUUUUUUUGGGUUUUUUUUAUAUUGAAGUAUCUGGGGCUUGUUUCAUUUUCCCUCAGUCAUUGACUGACCUACCUCCUGCCAAGUUUUUAAACUGAGGAAAGAGAUAUUAAAAUAGACUUUUGGGGUAUUUGAUGCUGAAGUCCUUAGUUUAGCUACUGAAAAGAACCUUAGUUUAGCCAAGGCUCCUAUGUGUUCAAUUUCCCAAAAGAGUGAAUUCCUUUCAGACUGGUGAACUACACAUCCGAAGUGGCCGGCUGUUCAUGAAGUUGCAAAAUGCAGCAUGCUACAGUCUGUCCAAGGUAUCUUCUGUGCUCUGCUCAACAUCUGCAUUUUAAAUGUGCUGUAAAUGGACUAAUCUUGUUUAAAGUGAUUUGGAAAAUAUGUAACUUCGUUUACCCAAAGUAAAUCUAGACCGGGAACAGUUUUGUACUUUAUGUUCUUUGUAUGAUCCAAGAUUUUUUCUUUGUCAGUUUGGCUUCAUGGAGCCUAUUAAACGAACUGUGGAAAAUGA